AUGCCGGAUGCGGUUAGCGUCCUUCGUGCCACUUGCAACGUCUCUUCGGGCAUUUUGAUUGAAGUCGCUUUUUCGUUGUUGUCCCUGGAGAGAAAUAUGGACGACAAUGAGCUGUCGAGGCUGGUGGGCAGUCUCUGCCUUAUGGGGAUCGAUGGAACAUCUAUGACCACGGAGACUCGCAAACUCAUAGAAACAUACGCUGUAGGAGCGAUCAUUCUUACUUCAAAGAACCUAAAAUGCUACGCAAGACCUCUUCUCAUCGCUGUCGAUCAGGAAGGCGGUAGUAUCAACUCACUCAAUGCCGACGAAGUUACCCAGUUUCCGUCCGCAAUGGGGCUUGCUGCAACCCAGCAGCAAGACCUAGUGGAAAAAGCGGCUCAUGCAAUAGCCCAGGAACUGAGGUGUCUUGGAUUCAACUGGAUUCUCGGACCAGUUUUGGACGUUCUCCCCACAACACGGGUACAACCCCUGGGAGUACGGACUUUUGGAGACGAUCCAUUUGCAGUUGCAACCUACGGCGCGCAUAUGAUUAAAGGAUUCAAGAGCGGUGGGAUAGCAACAGGAGGCAAACAUUUUCCCGGAUAUGGCGACACUAGCUUUCCGGAUGACUCUCCAGAAAACGUCCCCUGUAUACUUUAUAGUAAAGCCCAACUCCAUCAGAAUCAGUUCGUUCCUUUCCGCGAAGCUAUUCAGCAUAAUGUUGAUUCCAUUCUCGUUGGAGGCUGUGCCAUGACGGGCCUUGGAGAAGAAACCGUUCCUCAUGCCUGCUUGUCACACAAAGUCGUGACUGAUAUCCUCCGCCAUGAGCUUGGCUUUGAUGGCGUUAUUGUGUCCGAGUGUUUGGCAAUGGAGGCGUUAUGCGAGAAUAUCGGUGUCUCUCAAGGAGCAAUCAUGGCUAUUUUGGCCGGCUGUGACUUUAUAAUGGUGUGUCAAACAUACCAGACACAGCUGGAGGCUUUAUCAGGCCUCAAACUUGGUGUGCAAAGGGGACAUAUACCAAUCCAAGUCGUCAACACCGCGGUUGAAAGAAUCAAUCUACUGAAAGAUAGACUUACAAGCUGGGAUCAAGCACUAUACCCAGGUGGAAUUCCCAAGCUUAAUGAAUUAAACCGGAUCCAUAGUAAUAUCUCGCUGCAAGCGUACAGACAAUCUGUUUCCCUUAUCCGAGACACCAAUGCCCACAGCUCUAUUCUCAAAAGUAUGUCGGCCAACGACGACAUCUUACUUCUCACGCCGCUUUUGGAUUUGUUUCCAUCGACGUUGACCAAACGACACCACGAAUCUGAUUGGACCACAAGGUCUAAACCGGGACAUUUCGCGGUGGGAGAGGACAUUUUUCAAAAAUUCGGCUUGUCAUUGGCGAACGCACGAAAUGGCCCAAUCACACAUACUUCGUAUUCCAGUAACGGCUUACGACCCAGCCACGAGGCACUAAUAUCACAGGCGGCAGCCGUGAUCAUAGUAACAGCAGAUGUGACACGGAAUUCCUAUCAAUACGGGGUGACUAAAUAUGUAAAUAUGAUGUGCAAAUCGCAGAAAGAUUGCCAGGGGAACGCCAAACCCCUCAUUGUGGUUGCUGUCAGCACUCCAUACGACUUUCUGGAGGACCUGGAUAUCCAAACAUAUAUCUGUUUAUAUGACUACACUAAACCGGCAUUAAACGUCUUGGUCGACAUCUUGACAGGCAAGUUUCUACCUACAGGUGUUCCUGAACUUGCUUCUAUGCGACAUAGAAAGACUGCGAAGAAUAUUCUUCAACCGAGAACUCAGUUCUUAGGUCAAAUGUGGCUCGUUGAAAAUUACGACCCUGAAAAAGAUGGCCCUGCACUGCAAAGACUGCUCAAAGGGGUUCCCGGGAUUCAGAAUUACCAUCACCCGUGGUCAACGAAUUUUGAAGCUAGGAUUGAUGGGAUAGAGAACAACCAUUUCGUUGUUAAAAAUAGUAGUAAUGGCACAAUUCACGGGUUCUGUGCAACCUACUAUAUCAAGUCCACUUCACGAGCAUACAUAGCGGCAUGUAUCGUCAACCCACAUCGGCGUAGGAUGGGCAUAGGAGGCUCUAUUUGCACGUAUGCCAUUGCUUGGCUUUCUGAAAACAAGAAACCUGCUCAAAUUCAAUGGUGCUACUCCUUCCCUGCGUUGUUUUCAACUCCCGAACUCGCUCAACGAGAGAGCACUCAACGUGCGGACAUGUGGAUGAAUCACUGGUAA